CGUUGUAGUUGUUUAUUUGUUUUAGCAAAUUCUUUUUGGUACUUUUUGUUUCAUAUGGCAUUGUUUCUGUCUUCUUUGAUUUUUCAAGCGCGGAUCAGGGAGGCAUUGGGAAGCCAACGAGGUUCUCAAUAGUAGGUGAAGGAUCGUGAUGAGACGGGAUAGUAAUGCAUGGCCUGGGGACUCUUGGCUUCGGAGUAGGACGAAGUCCUGUAGCCUGACGGCAUCAUGGGAUAUCUAACGGAACUAGUCAGCUAACUGGGAUCACGCAGAAGCUGUCGUACUGAUAGACUGGCGUCAUCGCUCCUGAGCCCGGGUACCCGUAGGAAGCUUGCGAGUAGUUUGGCAUGUAUGCGUUCACGACCUGGAAGAGCACCUCAUCAUGAACUCAACCACCACCGUGACAUGGCAGCGACCUGGAUCGUGGGGACAGACGGCUGGUUCCUCGAGUUGGACCAAGCAGCAUGUGACACAGGCAUGUUUCUUGAAGGGUCGCCCGAGAGCAAGUGCGGGCCCUGUAACAAGAGCGCAAGUCAUCGCCUGUCUGAGGCUGAAGCACGGUCCUUCUUACAGCUGAAGGGACGGGCGGUUGUUGCAUUGGCGGUGGAGAACCUCGGCGAGAAGGAGCGAGUGAAGGGACGACACUUCCGUGGUUUGAGGGGAUCAAAGCUGGGUACCUGCGACGUCGAUCACUUUCCUCAUGACAAGAACAGUGAUGGAAGUACAUCUGCUGCAUCGGGGUCAGCAUGACCAGCGAUUCUUUGCGAUUCUGAACAAGUUGAGGCUGCUGAGAUGAGAUCGGAUGUUGUAACUGUAUGUGCUGCUGAUGCUGCUGCUGCUGCUGCUGCUGCUGCCGCGAAAUCAUCUCGUUUCUUUGUGCCAUGUAUCUCUGGUGAGCUUCGACUGCCUUGUGCUGUUGAAUCACCUCAAGAUGUUGCAAGUAUGCCUGCGAAUGCUGCACAACACGAUCAUGCACAUAGUGUGCAAGCAUGCAACAUCAACCUGCUGCUGUUGUUGAUUGCGAGGAUG